AUGGAGUCGUCCAAUGCCUUAAGGCCUCUUGAUGAAUCAGCGCUCCGCGAACUACCUCAACUUUCUCUGCGUAUCGCUCCCCUCCGAGAACCGGUUUCCUCCCGAACCCUAAGUGUCCCGUCGCCCCUCGAGCCAAAUGCCAGCGGAGCAAGGGAAACAAACAGUAUACCUACGAACGGCAAUAGUGGCGAGGCAGCAAAUGCAAAGGCCGGUCUCCCGACAGUGACGGAGUUCCUCAAUGCAGCGCGGACCAAGACAACCGAGACGCCAGCAGACUCACCGUCGAGCGUGGAACGGCCGCCGAGGCCUAUCCUCCCCGCUUUUGUGAAUUUGCGUGCCUUGGAAAAGAUCCCGUUCUCCACGUCGUUCGAUGAUGGCGCUGCUCAAGCGACCCGAAAGCGUCGCCGCUUAGAACACCAGGCGGAUUCUUUCAGCGAGCAUCUACAACUGCCCAUUCCGCAAGCCCAGAAGGAGCAACGGCCUCCGCCAUUUGGUCCAUUUGCCAUUCUUAAUGGACUGAAUGAGCCCCCGCCGAACGCUGCCUUCCUACCUCCCAUCGAGGUUGGGUCUAACAUUUCCCAGCUUCUGACCAAACCCUCGGGAGGCGAUGCAGAUAUUGAUGCGGGGGUCCCAACCCCAGGCCAGGGCACCUCGAUGGAUGUUCAGCUUGCGGAGAAACGUGGUGCUCGCAUUGAAGAAAUGUUGCGCACAUCACUCAGUGUGGAUGAAAAUGAUGCUCGUAACUAUAACGAUGAAAGAUUGCAAAAUACUAACACAGCCGAGCCUAAUAAAAUCGCCCUAUUACCCCGUGAAGCAGAUCCAUCCCAAUCCCACAGUCCUUUGCCCACCGCCCCCAAGGAAGAUGCACCCAUUUCGCCGAAAACUCGAGGCCGAUCUCGCAAAAACUUGAGAAGAUGGACCGACGAAGAGACUACUACUUUACUUCGGGGUGUGGUCAAAUGUGGGAUUGGAAAUUGGACUGCUAUAUUGGCACAACCUGAAUUGGAGUUUAACCAAAGGACCGCAUCUAAUCUCAAGGACAGGUUCCGAGUACUAUGUCCAUGGGCGUACCGUGCAUCCGACCCCAACGAAGCUGCAAGACAACUACACGACACCCUCACUAACGCCCUACUCAACGCCAAAUCAGGAGGCCCCGAUGAAUUGCCCACCAAGAUGCAAAUGCCCCGACUCAACCGCACCGAAUCAGGAGGUUCCGACUCUACAACUGCGUCGGGAAGCCCAUCAGUCUUCUCCCGCCCCUCUUCAACCCCAAGUACAAUCGCUUCUACACCCGACUCCGAAUACGGCAAUGUCAUGUCACCCUCAUCAGGCAACAGUGCACCUGCCCUAUCAGCUCAAUCCCGCUCAACACUAGAAUCCCUCGGCAUUCCAGAGCCCCACGUUGCGCAGACCAAACGUCGCUCAAGACGCCCCUUCACCACCGCAGAAGAUGAAGCCUUGCUGAAGGGCUACGCCGUCCACGGCUUUCAAUGGACACUGAUCCAACAAGAUCCAAGAUUGAACCUCAGUCAUCGCAAAGCAACUGAUCUGCGUGACAGGUUCAGAACCAAGUUUCCCCACGCCUAUCGCGACGGUGGCUCUGUGAGCGGCAAAGCCAUGACAAGCCAGAGUCCGAGCCAAACGGACUCUGCAGGCACAUCCACACCUCGUCUGAAUCUCGCCAAUGUUAGCGAAAACUCUUCUAGUAAGGGUCACACGACCCCGAAUCUAGCUACCCCUCGCCAUGCGAGGGAAGGUCAACCUCCUACUCCUUCUCAGUCUAAUCCUACCCAGAUUGACCCGGCGUUCCUGCCCCCACCCCAUCAUGGAUUUUUGGACCAGUCCAUGUCUCUCCCAGCCGCGGGAGGGCUUUCCUUCUCCUUGGAUGAAGGCUCUGGUCCGGCUUCUUCGGCGGUCGAGGCGCCGUGGGGAGACAACACACUUGCUCCGAUGACUUGGGAUGAAUUGACCUAA